CCUACUUACUCUAUAGCAUCCUCUCCCUGCACCACUCAAGGUAAGUGCAACCAUUUCUAUCUAUGGCUGCGAUGAAUUUAUAUGAGCAGCAUCAGGGGUUCUGUAGAAGGAACUUUAAUACAACAAAGUUCUAAAAGUUGACCUGUCAGGAGGUACAUUCCAUCGGUUACCAUGGUGAUUAUUCUUAGAGUAGAGGGGUAUAAUGAUUUUAAUAUAUAUUCUGCAAUUUUGAAAAAUGCAAUUUCAGACCAUCAUUCUAAACGUUUAUUUUUACUGUUGACAAAAUAUCUUUUAUUUUAGCCUUUGCUUUGAUGCAAUCUUGCAUCGAUUAUAUAGUUUCAAUUUUAAAAUUAUUUUUAAAUUUAUAACUAAUAGAGGAUAACAUCUGCAUGCAUGUUAAAUCCAGCACUUAUGUGGUAUUUGUACUUUUUUUUCGUCCUUCUAUAGUAUACAUUUAUAUAUUUUUUUUAAAUAGUAAUUUAUAAAAAAUAAAUUGAAGAUAUGAGACAAGCACUAAGUACAAGCAACUUUUUUUUCACACUAUCUAUUUUAAUAGAUAUAUAUAUAUUUUUUUUUUAGAAUUUCUUAAAUAAAAAAAAGAGUUUAAAAAUACUGUAACAUGUGUAGGGUAAAGGAAACACGUGGAGAAGAAGUACUCGAAAAAUACAGGGGAGGAGGGUUAGAGGGAAAUAGGGAGAAGGAUUGUACUGUCAAGAAUCAACAUGUCCUUUCCACACGUUAAAUCCAUCUACUCUACCUGGUCAUGCUAUAAAAAGUACAUUUUCUACAAGGUAAAAAAAUGAAAGAGAAAUAAGGCCCCAGCAGAGAUAUCAAGAGGAUCUGAGUUUAUCGGAUAUCCUAACUUGAAAUUGCAAAAGACACUAUAGGAUAAAAGUAAAAAUAUAUUAUGUGAUCCCAAUGUUCUAAAUUCUAAGUGAAAAUAAUUUCUAGAUUUCUGAAAUGUGUCUAUUAUGUGCAUACAUACAUACAUUUUUACAAGUGAAUAGGAUAUCAUCUAUGGGUAUAAUAAUCGAAACAAACUAUACUAAUUGUACUAUAGAUUCACGAGUAUUAGGCCUUGUGUAACUAACAAUUGUGCAGUGUGGGAGAUGAAAACACAUUUACAGGAAAAGCUUGUGUCUACAUGCACAUGCACACGCAAGUGAAGCAUUGGAUUCAUUUUACUUGGAUUCAGGACUGAUAAAUCUAGUCCUGUAUCCAAGUGAAACUCUUUCUAUUCUGUCUGCCAUGCAGGUAGGUUUGGGUACCAAUAUAAGAUACAACCAAAAUGGUAAUGAACACCAACUCUAGGUUCAGAUUUUGUCCGAAAAUGUUAAACUUACACAGUCAAUUUAGUCUUUCCAGGAGUUCUCUAUAAUUUGCUAUCAUUGUUUAUGAUUAACCUUGAUGAACUUAACCUAUAUAUAUAUAUAACCCUUAGCAAUAGGCGCUAUUUUAAACACAGCUUUAUCUAAACCAUAUCACGGUGAUCGAAAAGGACUAGUUACCAGAAACCAGUCAUGGACUGCAGUUUUGACUUUGUGGGUCUCAUAAGCAUGGCGCCAGUUCUGGUUUUGACAUUAAAGUCUCCACUGCUAAGGGUACCUGCAGAAAUGCAGAAUGAAAACUGAAACACAAUGCCUGUCUGACAUGUCAAAGAGACUUCAACUUAUAGACUAGAACCAUGCGGUCAUGCUGGUCAUAUUUGCAGUCCAUAGCUGGUUUAUAGUCACUGGUCCUUUUGGGUAGAAAAUUCAUGCUAUGGCUUAACAAGAGCUGUGUUUAAAACAUAAUUUAUUAAGAGUAUCUGCAGAAUGAAGUCUAAAACGCAAUGCCUGUCUGUGCUUAUUUGCAUAUUAAGCUGGCCACUCUGGGAUAGUUGUGGAAACAUCCUUUCUAGAGUUUCUGUGCCCAAGGAGGACUUUCCAAAGUCAAACGUGAAGUAUGCGGGUGAUGCAUAAAAUAAUUUUUUCUAAGUGCACCGUGGUGAGUUUUAAUUUGUUUGGUCUCACCACAAUUGUUUUGGCACCUGGAUAUAUACACAUGUAAUGCUUAAUGUGGCAUUUACUCACAAUGCCUAUGAGUAAGUACCAUAUAUGGCAUGGCAUGAGUUCGAAAUUCUCUUGUUUUUGUACAUUUAGUUUUGUGCUCUCCUCUUUUGUGUGCCAUGCGUUUUUAUUUGACAUGACAUUUUCCUAAAGUGUCUCUUUUCGUUACACCACCAUUUCUGCUUUAUGAUAUACCUCCAGGAUUUCAGUUUGUAUAGUAAAGCAGGAUGACUGCUCCCUGAUAAUUUACUGUGCUUAUUAGCUAUAGUUACAAUAUUUGGGAUUUGAUUUCCUCUUAGUAUCCAUGUCUUUUCUGACUCCUUUAACAGAACCAAGAUGAGCCUUACAGAUGUCCUCAGUGCUUCUGACAUUUCGGCCGCUCUGAGGGAGUGCCAAGGUAAACGCUUCUGGAGCUGUUACUAAUAAAUAAAUAAAAAAUGUUAUAACAAACAAACAAUUACUGUUUCACAUAAAUAGUAUUUGUCAAGCAGCGAGUUGCUCCUAAAUUUUGACAUUUUUUUCAUAUGAUUCAUUGACUGAGAGUGUCAACCGACAGUCUCAACCACUGAAUGUAGGCAAUGUUUUUUUAUAAAAUUGAUGUAGCCAAGCUGAAGAGAAGUUUCUAUAUAGAUAGAUAAGACAACGAUGAGUGAGGGUUUAUGGAGGGCAGUUAAAUAUCAAACUAUUUGACUCAGUACUCGAGUGGGGUUGUAGUGAUAAUAGUGCUUAGAGUACCCCUUUAAUGUUAUUUUAAUGGUCAUGAACCCAGUCACUUUUAGUUAUAGACCAAUUUAAGAACUCAUAUUAAAUUAUGUGCAUCUCACUAACUCCUCUAUUGCACUCCACAGUGUCAUUAGCCAAACUGGAACUAAAGUUUCAGACUGGUUAAUGCCAAUUCUGUGCAUCUUAUGCUCAGUUGACACCUUCAACCAAUUAAUAAAUGUCAGUAUGUUGUUCAGGCUCUAUUAUAGGAGGAAAUACAAGAGGACAAACCGUUGCUAAAUGGUUUGCCCCAUUCAUGAUGAAUAGCGCCAAGGUACUCCUAACAUCAUAACCACGACAACCGUCCGCCAUGAUUCUGAUGCUUGGAAUAACCCUUUAAGAAAGAAUAAAAUCAUUUAUUACCAGAGCAAAAACAAAAUGGCUGCCAUCACGACGUUUCGGCAAAAAUGCCUUUGAGAAGGGACAUGCUCCCUUCACAAAGGCAGUUUUGCCGAAACGUUGCGAUUGCAGCCAUUUUGUUUUUGCUCUGGUAUCCCUCACCUCUCACACUUUUCUCUUGUGUUAUCAGGUUUUUCUUUUGAUUGAAAAUCUGAAACACUAAAUUCAGAUAGUGACAUUGCUUCUGUGAAUUUGAAAUCCCUUUCUUGUUGGCAGAAUAAUAAUUAACUAGAGGAGAAAUAUAAAGAGAUAUUAUUUUGAAUGCUCCACCUAUCGUAUGUAGAAUGUAUAAUGAUUAUAUGUGUCAAACAGCACUAAAUUCCAUUAAUUACUAAUUUCUUAAACACCAAAGAAACCUUACAUUUAAAUAUAAAUUACCAUUUUCCUAUCACUGUUUUGGAUCUUGACCAUAUAUAAAACAUUUAUUUUAACUUGAAUCAUUUUACAAUCAGCAUGUAUAUAUAUAUUACUGACAUUGUUUUCCUCAAUCCAUUCAGCUCCUGACACCUUUAACUGCAAGAAAUUCUUCCAGACCUGUGGGCUGACUAAAAAGACUGCCAGUCAAGUAAAAGAGGUUUUCCGGGUUAUAGAUAAUGACGAGAGUGGUUUCAUCGAACAGCUUGAACUCCAGUAAGAUACAUUUCAUAAAUUAAUUUUACAGAAUCUUUUAAGGGAACAUAAACAUUAUUUUGCAAAUACCUUUAGUGACUAUCUAUAAUACGAGGAGACAGAAUUAAUUUCUUCUGACAUUUUAUUUCUUUAUGACAGAAAUACAGGACCAUUGUGAUAUAAUUGGGUUUGCCCAUUCCUUUAUCAAGAAGUUAUUAAAUGCAUAAAUGAUAGUGUGAAUUGUCAGUAAUUCAAAGUGAAUGCAAAGUUAAUUUCAAAUUGAAGGCCCAAGUAGCCAAACUGGAAGCAAAUCUGAAUUGGAGAAUUUUUCCAGUUCUGCUAGUUUAACCUUAAAUUAUAAAUUCACUUUAAAUUCUCAACAAUUCUCAUAUUGAAUACUAAUACUUUAGUUAAAUUAAGGAAUGUACCAGAUUCAGUGGAGCACUUAAAUAUGUGCAUAAAACAUAAUAGUACACCUAGUGCAAACAAGGAAUAUAUAUAUAUAUAUAUAUAUAUAAAAAAAAUAUAUAUAUAUAUAUAUAUAUACACACACACACACACACACACACACCAUAUUUUUACAUAUCCUUGAUCAUCCAAUGUUGUGUAUACCUCUAAGAAAUUAAAAAAAUUCAAAAAAAUUAAGGAAUGUGCUUGACCACACUAAUUCUCAAGAUCAACAAGAAGCUGCAUUUUAGGAAAGUGCACAAAACGCGUGUUUCAUACUCUGUCCUAACUUCAAAUUAAAUUUGCCAUUCUCCAAAACAAAAUGACAUUAAAAAUAGUGGAAGAAACAUACAUAAUGUAUAUUGUAUUAUUAUUAUUGCCAUUUAUAUCGCGCCAACAAAUUCCGUAGUGCUUUACAAUAUUAUAAAAGGGGGGGAUUUAACUAUAAAUAGGACAAUUACAAGAAAACAGGAACAAUAGGUUGAAGAGGACCCUGCUCAAACGAGCUUACAGACUAUAGGAGGUGGGGUAAAGAAUCAGCACAGGAAAUUGCAAUCAAAUAAGGUGGGAGUGAAGCAGAGCUGGAGGAGAGAAUAGAGUGCUGCCCAUUUGGAGAGAGCAAGAGACAGGUAGAGGCUACUCUGGGAGGCCAUAAGCUUUCCUAAAGAGAUGGGUUUUAAGGCAUUUCUUAAAUGAUUGAACACUUGGGGUGAGUCUGAUGAUGGUAGGCAGGCUAUUCCAUAGGAAGGGAGCCACCAGCGAGAAGUCCUGCAAGGGUGAGUUGGCCGUACAGGUGUGAGCAACGGACAGAAGAAGGUCACGGGCAGAGCAGAGAGACCGAGAAGGGGCAUACCUAUGGAUCUGUGAAGAGAUAUAAGAGGGGCUAGAAUUGGUCAAGCACUUUGAAUGGACUCCUAUAAGAUACAGGAAGCCAAUGUAAGGACUGAUAGAGGGGUGAGGUGUGAGAGGACUGACAAGAAAGGAAAAUCAGUCUGGCGGCAGCAUUCAUUACAGACUGUAGCAGGGCAAUAUGGUUUUUGAAAAGACCAAUUAGGAGAGGGUUACAAUAAUCCAUGCAGCAAAUUCCUAGAGCAUGGAUAAGCUCCUUAGUAGCAUCUUGCGUAAGAAAGGGGUGAAGGCGGGCUAUGUUUUUAAGAUGGAAUCUGUAGCAUUUGGCAACAUGCUGGAUGUGAGGCUCAAAGGUGAGGCCAGAAUCAAGUAUGACACCAAGACAGUGUGCUUGCAAGGAUGCACUGAUGUGGAUACCACUAACUUGAAGGGAGAGCGAAAGAGGAGGUUCAGUAUUAGCAGGAGGAAAGACAACGAGCUCAGGUUUAGAGAGAUUGAGUUUCAGAAAGUGGGAGGACAUCCAGUCAGAGAUGGAAGAAAGGCAAGCAGUGACACAUUGCAGGACGGCAGGGGAGAGUUCAGGGGAGGAGAGAUAUAUCUGUGUGUCAUCAGCGUACAAGUGGUAGUGGAAUCCAAAUGAGGUAAUAAGUUUGCCAAUACGUUUCAAUUUCAUACUUGAUUGGGUAAGUAGAAAUCUUUAUUCCAGUAAAAAUUAACUGGGGCAAUUAACCAGCCACUUAAGAGAAUGGUCCCACAACAGGGUACAAAAACCAAGAGAUAUAUUAUUAUUAUUUAGGGUUUUUUUAGGGUAUAUUUAGAUUUUCAUAUCUAUCUACCUAUGCAUUUAUAUCACAAAUGUACAAAGCAAACCAUCUACAAUUAAUCAGUUCCCUCCCAGCUCCCCUAUAUAUUCUGUUUCCUCAUUCUUCCACAGCACUACCUCAAACUCAUCCUGACAACUUGCAUGUGGCAUAGGUGGCCAAUGAGGUAUCCCUUGCAUGCUCCUGUAUGCAGCUGCCAAUUUCACCAAAAUGGUUGGGCCAAACCAAAAAAAUAUAGAAACAUAGAAACAUAGAAUGUGACGGCAGAUAAGAACCAUUUGGCCCAUCUAGUCUGGCCCAUCUAAUAUGUUAAAUGUGUUUAGAUUUAUGAGGUAUAAGAGCAAAUAAUGACAUCAGAAGGGAGAAAAUGGUGAGUUAUUGGUCAAGACACAACACCUGGGUUUCUACAGGGAGCCAAGUGUCUUAUGCAUAAAAAUAUGAAUAUUGAGUCAUAACACUAAUAUCAAUUUAUGUUGCCCUACCUAGGUAUUUUCUACAACGGUUUGAUCCUAGCGCCAGAGUGUUAACAAGCUCAGAAACUAGUGCUUUUAUGGCUGCUGCUGACCAUGAUGGAGACGGUAAAAUUGGAGCAGACGGUGAGUUAUAUAAACUGCAAUGAUAUUUUCCAUUGAAAAAAUCAUUUAUGUUAAAGGUGAUAUAGGUGUAGGAAGAAAAUAUCAGUCAAGGACAAACUGGACAAAUGCAAGUUUGUUUAAAAUUUAAGGCAUACCAUAAGUCCAUAAAAAACAUGAACUCUAAUCAUUUGUAAUUUACUGAAAUUUACAUAGUGCUGCUGUAUGAGUGCAUAGUAUUAUUUUUAUUAUAUUUAUGUAGCGCCAACAAAUUCCGUAGCGCUUUACAAUGGGUGGACUAACAAACAUGUAUAUGUAACCAGACAAGUUUGACACAUAGAAACAGAGGGGUUGAGGGCCCUGCUCAAUGAGCUUACAUGCUUGAGGGAGUGAGAUAGUGACACAAAAGGUAAGGGAAGUAUUAGAGAAGUAGAUUGGUAGAACAGUAUUUCAUGAAGACUUAGUGUGGGUUUUUAAGGAGCCAUUAACAGUUUAAUUGAUAUGCUUUUUUGAAAAAGUGAGUUUUUAAUGAUUUUUUGAAGGAAUGGAGACUGGGUAAACAUCUAACGGAAAAGGGAAGGGAGUUCCAUAGGAAUGGUGCAGCCCUAGAGAAGUCUUAAAUACGAGCAUCAGAGGUGGGAGUAUAAGCAGAGGAUAGAUGCAGGUCUUUGGCAGAGCGUAGGGGCCUAGACAGGACAUAUUUGUGUAUUAGGGAGGAUAGAUAGGUGGGAGUAGCAUUAUGUAGAGAUUUGAAAGCAGGCGUGGGAGGUAUGGGCAGACAGGAAGAUGAGCCUUUCAUUAUAGACUACAAUGGGGCGAGUUGGAAACAUGUAAGACCACUGAGAAGCGGAUUGCAGUAGUCAAGGCGAGAGAGGACAGUGGCAUGGACCAGCACCUUAGUCGCGGAUGCGCGCAAUGUUUUUGAGAUGGAGGCAGCAGGAUUUGGUGAUUGACUGGAUAUGAGGGGUGAAGGAGAGGUCAGAGUCAAAGAGAACACCUAGGCAUCGAGCCUGCGUGGUGGUGCUGAUGGUAGCACCAUUAACGUGGAGGGAGACAGAAACAGGAGUAGCAACACUUGAGGGAGGAAAGACCAGUAGCUCUGUUUUGGACAAGUUGAGCUUAAAGGACCACUAUAGUGCUAGGAAAACAUACUCGUUUUCCUGGCACUAUAGUGCCCUGAGGGUGCCCCCACCCUCAGGGUCCCCCUCCCGCCCAGCCCUGGGGAGAGGAAAGGGGUUAAAACUUACCUUUUUCCAGCACCGGGCGGGGAGCUCUCCUCCUCCGAUCCUCCACUUCUCCUCCCAUUCGGCUGAAUGCGCACGCACGGCAAGAGCUGAGUAAAUCCACUAUACACACACGGCAAUCCCUACACACACUGCAUCCACUAUACACACACUGCAAUCCCUACAAACACUGCAUCCACUAUGCACACAGGGACGUUUUAGCCGCGAGGCAAACAAGGCAUUUACCGACUCGAGCACUGCAUCCACUAUACACACACUGCAUCGCCUAACCAUGGGUGCCCAAAUGGUAGAUCCCCAGAUCUGUUGUGGAACUAUGUCUCCCACAAUGCUUUGCAUGCUUUUUGAAUGACAAACCAUCAUAGAAGUUGUAGUUUUUAAACAUCUGGGGAUCUACCUUUUGCUCACCCUUGGCCUACAGACACAAUUUUUAACAUACCAUAUCACUACAUUCCCUAAACACACAUGUUACAACCCCUAUACACUCACUACAUCCACCUAAACCCACACGUGCUACAUCACCAAUACACAUAAGAUGAUGUUUACGGUAAUUAUGGUACAGGUUGUUUUAUUGCUUUUCCUAAUAUUCUAAUAAAGUAUAUGAGCUUCUUGUAUUCCGUUGCCUUGUAUAUUCCAAAAAAUUAUUGAUAAAAGAUUAUCAAGUCCUCAAAACUGAUUAGAGGCUCCUAUCAGAGUGAAUUUUAUAUUUCCAAAAUAGACUAAUAGGAAAAAAGUCUUCAAGCCAGCAAUGUUUUUAGUUUGGCUAUUUUGGCCUUCUAUUUGAAAUUCAUUAUGAAUUAUGCAUAAUCAUUCUUUAGUAAAUAAUCCAUUGUAACAUCUACUUCACUUUCUUUUAUUUAUUUGUGCCCUUAUUUAUAUUUAUAGCGUUAUUUGUAAUUAUUUUACAUAUAUUUGAGUGCAUUAGAGGGGGUUAUAUUAUUGUUCAACUGAUCAUAGUUGUCCAUACAAAACACCUCCCAGAUGACCUGAAGACUAUGGGACAUUGCAGAGAUGGUGGGCUGGUCCUGAUAUCUAGAGUUAUUUUUACCAAGUUUAAAGUCUGCAUUAUCGCCAGUGGUGUAUCCUGGUUUUGUGCUGCCCUAGGCAGGACAAAACUCAGGCGCCCCCCUCCCCCCGCGCCACCCCCACCCAACCCUUCCCCCCGCCCCACCUUCUAAAUACACAGACACACACACAGUCAGACACAAACACACACACACACACACAGUCAGACACAUACACAGACACAAACAGUCAGACACAAACACACAUAUACAGUCAGACACACACACACACUCACAAACACAGUCAGACACAAACACACACACUCACAAACACAGUCAGACACAAACACACACACACACAGACACACACACACACACACACACACACACAAUCAGACACACACACAUUAACUUUUUUUUUAAUUUAUAUCCCCCCCCCAACCUCCUUACCUUUGGGAGUGCUGGGGGGGGGGUCUCUCUCUCCCUGGUGGUCCAGUGGCUGCCGGUUGGGCUGGGCGGCGCUGGCAGGCAGGCGGCUGACGAGGGAGCUCUUCCUCUGAGCUGACUGCUCAGCUCCCUCGCGCGCCGGCUGGAGAGUGAGGCUGGGAGCCGGAAGAUGACGUCAUAUCCCGGCUCCCAGCCUCACUCUGAGGCGCGCGAGGGAGCUGAGCAGUCAGCUCAGGGGAAGAGCUCCCUCGCCAGCCGCCUGCCUGCCUGCCAGCGCCGCCCGCCCGGGAUGUCAGUUAGCCGCAAGGCUAACAAGGCAUCUGCCCUGGGCAUUUGGGGGGCGGCGUUUUUUGCCGCCCCCUGAAAAAUGCCGCCCAAGGCAAAUGCCUUGUUUGCCUCGCAGCUAAUACGCCCCUGAUUAUCGCACAGCUGUAGAGGGGUCUGCUUAUUAGGCAUUCGUCAGACUCUUUUUGUGAAACCACUCCGAAAUAAUAUGGCAUAAAAUUGGAGCUUAAAGUGCUCCCUUAACUGUGUCAGAAUUGCACUUAUUUUGACAUUUUGAGUAUUCAUCAAGUGUACCUUUCUGCAUUUAGCUUUUACAUCAAAAUAAUAAAACUUAUCUUUAGCUGUUUGCAUUAAAAAUUACAUGUACAAUUUGCUAAUGAAAUCUGUCUCCUGUGUUUGUAGAGUUCCAGGGAAUGGUUCAUUCCUAAAUCAUGUGGAGUCCAGCACUGCAAGCAGACUGGUGAAUUCUCAUUGACACAAGACACAUGCGAAAACGAUGGGACCAUCUGUCACACGGACUCCUGUUAUAAGGCAUUCCUUAUUUUGAAACUGAAAUGUUGGAUGGAGUGAUGAUUCACCAGUAAUGGGGCCCUCUAAAAAGCAUGCGUUGUUUCAUUUAGAAUGCACUACCUGAAACUGAGUGUUUUAAAUGCCCGAUCAUAAAAUAAAUAUACCAUCUAAAAUCAAGUGUUAAGUAUUUUAUCUUUCUAUAAAAAUGAUGUGUAAAAUUGUGAAUAAAUAGAAUGAUGCAUGAAUGAUGAUGUUACACGGG